AUGCGCUCGCGCGAGGUGUACAGCGGAUCGCAACCCAUAGAGGAAUAUCAUUCACCCAGUUCCCCAUCAAUUUCAAGUUCUGGUGACCCCUGUCGUGAGCCCAUAUCACCUUUGGGGGAUCGCACGUUGAUUAUGGCUUUAGACGGAAUGUUGCAUGCCUCCCGCAAGGAUGGCGGAUUUGAGGGAGUGCUACGUUACGACGACUUGCGGCAGUUGUUGGCGAGGUUGGGCCUUACGUGGGAAACAGAUCGUAUUGAUGACUGUUGGUAUGAUAUAGUGAGGGGUCAUGCCGCGCCAGUUGCGGAUGACAUGUCAUGGGUUCGACAUUGCGUUUGUGAACACCUCUAUGGAGAGUGCGCUGGGAUAAGCACCACAGAGCUUUUGAGUGAGCAGCAGACACUUUCACCGCGGGACGAAUUCUGUAAUCUCGCGGAACUAAAUGCCAUCUCUGCAUGGCGUACACCCGCGAAAGAAAAGAGGGAUCGAACACAAGCGGUAGCGCCGUCGAAAUUCACGUUAAGGGCGAAAACUGUGGUUAAAGGAGGUGCCGGUUUGGAAGGGACGUCGCCUAAACGAGAAGCGCAGCCGCAACGACAGCGGUCUCCGCCGCGGUCAGCGACAUCACCUCAAUUGUUGUUCGAUGAGGCGGUGUGCGGCAGAGGUAUUAGUCCACGUCAGGGCAUCUGCUUUACGUCACCUACGAUGUCAAGUAUGCGGAGGGGGCGCGCUACCGCUGUAAUGUCGAGGCACCGGUCUGGAUUAAGUACUGACAGUUUCCCUAGACGAAGGAGUCCCUCACCAUCGUCGCAUGGUGAUGUGUUCCACCGCCUAACAGAAGAUGCCCACAGCAGGAGAAAUCGGCAACUUGCCGUUGCUGCAGCAGCCGUUGAGGCUCAAUCGGCAGCGCAAACGGGGGGCACCGUUUCCACAAGUCCUGCGCGAUCCCGUCGUCCAUCACCUGGUGGGCGUGGGAUGUGGGAACGGCCAACAAAAUCAUACCAGGCUAAGUUUUCUGGUGAGCCUCCACCAUUUGACCCUCUUGAGUCACAACCGGCCACUCCACCCGUGACGAGGCAUAAACCACCGGGACCUUCGUCUUUUGUACCAACGGGAUAUGUAGAGGCGGUAGCGCGGUUGCGAAAAUACGCAUCAUCACGCCCACAUUAUCAGGACUUCAUGAGCUCUCUUCGUUCAGAGCCCGUAACUUCUCACGUAGUCGAUGAUACGCCAAUUCUUAGAUUGCCAGUGCGGGGGGGUGCUCGGCAGUUUUCGGGAAAAGUUGUUGAUGUGCGACUCGCAACGCCCACACGGUCACGAUCCAACGAUGUGCUUCGUGAUGUGCCGUAUGAUGAUCCAUCGCGGGUGAUUUAUCAAAACAUGCUGCGGGGAAGGCGGUGUGCAUAA